CCCGCGCGCCAGUCCUGCCUGCGUCGCUUUAGCCCGGGAGCAGCGGAGCAAAGCGGUUCUCGGCUUGGGACGUGCCACCUAGCGGGGCGCGUGAACGCAGCAGACGUGGCGUGGCGAGCGGCUGGACGAGAGUGCGACCUGGCUGGACGCAGGCCCGCCGGGGAAAUCUCCCCUGCCUGCGCCUUCGCCGACCCGAGACUGUGGUCUCCGUGGGCAUCGGGUGCGCAGAACCUGAUCCCGACCCGAAUCACCUACCCCGCCCCUCCGCGCCCUGCGGGUCGAGGCCGAGCGGCGCGCCCCUCGCGACGCCAGCGCCCGAACGCGGCCGCCAGGGAGCCGAACCCCGUGUGGCAUCCGGCGCGUGAGCGGGAAACCCAGCUAGAACCGAAGCUGGAGCCGGCCGUGCGACACUUCGAGUGGAAUGAGGCGUUGGAGCCUACCCUGUACAACCAAUCUGGCAACUUCUUCUACUCCAACGUCGUGGCGAACUAUGAUCACAGCCUACUGCUGUCACCAGUGCUGGUGGCUAGCGCUGUGGUGGGCAUUGUGCUCCUCCUCUCCUGUGCCAGCAUCCUAGCGGGCAGCAUCAUUCGGGAGCGCCAGGCACGCCUCCAGCGCCAACGCCGGCGCCGCCGUCACCACUCGGACAAUGAUGAUCACCACUCCGACAAUGAUGAGAAUCAGGACUUCAGUGAGUCACUGCCCAGCAAGACCCUGGGACACCCAUCUGAGUCUCAUGCAACUUGGGGGCAGAGGGGAGAGGCCAAAGGUGCAACAGCGCUUUCAGGAAAGGUGCCCAGAGCUCAGAGGAAGAGCAAUGCCAUGCUCUCAGCUACACCCCAGGGGAUUUCAGGGGCAGAAGAGGGUGAGGCUGUUGGCCAGAGGGGGCCAGGCUACUGCUCCCCGGUACUGACCACUGGGUACAAGCUGUUCCUGCAGCUGGCCCAGAAAAAGAGGCAGAAACAGCUGUGCAUGGGGAGAUGGGGAGAACAAAGCCAAGAGGCACAGGCCUCGGUCUGGGCUAAAGAUCUGUCUGUUCAUUCAGUGUGGAACUGGCCCAACAACUUCAACUGCAACCCAAGCUACAUUUGCGGCUCCAAUGUGGAAUGGCCCCAGGCCUUGGAUUUCAGCUAUCGGGGACACAGGAAUGGCCCAGUGAACCAUCCUCUCUACCCAGACAUGCCUCCACGCUAUGAAGAUUGUUUGGGGUCGGGGGCCCAGAUCUACAUCCCCACUGAUGACCCACCACCCUACUCGCUCUUCGACUCCGACCCACUGCAGUCUGACAGCCUGAAUCCAAUCACCCUGCAGCCUGGUGUCCUGAAUCCGGGUGCCCUGGAGGCUGGUCAUCUGAAUCCAGCCAACCUGCCGCCUGUCAUCCUGAAUCCAGCCACCCUGGAGUCUGGCAGUGGCCCUGAUGGCUAUGGAGCUGAGCAGGGGCAGCGCAUCCCCCAGGUGCAGAUCAUUCCGACAGAGCCUCCGCCUCCUUAUGAGCUGAUUUUCGCCAACCCCCGCUCAAGCCUGCUGCCGCUGCCGGGGCCAGGGCCCGUGAGUCCCCGAGACUCACCCAUCUGCACCCAGCCUCGUCCUAGAGAGGAGCGUGAGUGAAUCAGCAGCAAGGUCCUGCCAACCCCUGAGGUGCCUCACCUCAUCUGUUAGAGCACGCACACACACACCACACACACAUACACACAAACACACACCUCUGCACACAGAUGCAUGCCUGCACACGAACCCACACGAUG